UCGGCGAACGAAUCGUUGCUGGUUGCCAGCCGGGCCCUCUCGCUGAGGCUACAGUUUGCUCCUUCAGAUCUGUUCUAGGUGCUGUAGCUCUGCGUUGUGCCUUCCAAACGGAUGUACUGUGUAAUUAUCAACCCCGCGCAGCUCCUUCGCUCCGCGGCUGCUCGUACACGGUGACUGCAGGCGUACGUCGUCCGGAGGAGGGGGGGGCGUCUUUUUUUUUUGUAGCGUGAAGGGCAUGACAGCGGGUUGCGGUUUCAAGCCUGUGUGUGUCCUCGGUUAGACACGCGGCUUUUUGGGAGAUGGAGCCUGCCCGGUGAUAAACCCGUGGUCAGCAUCGCUUUAAGCCCACCUACCUGCCUGCGCCUCCCCCUCCACCAAUCCACCGGCUGAGGACGGACAAGGAGGAAGGAGAGGAGGAGAGCGAAGAGAUGCCGAUGGUGAUUCGAAGACCUCGGACUGAACGAGCCGUACCUGCACACAGGGUGAACCCAGCAGAACUGCCACGGACCUUCGCGCAGAAGAACCCGAACAGAAAUGGACCAACAGAACUUGAGGCGAAGCAAGAGACAAAAAGAGGGGCCACGAAGCAGAGCAGAGGCUUCAACCCCAGCUCAAGCUGCAGCCUCAGAUGGAGCCAACGAUCCCACCACCAGUCAGCCUCCGGUUCCCUCCAGGCCUCCACGGCCCCAGAGAAGUUCCAGGAUUGAAGGAUCUGUAGAUAUUUCAGAACCCAGAGUGGAAAACAACACCGAACCCAGUGUUGAGCCCAAAACUGAACCCAAAACCGAACCCGCUCCGCAAACUAACCAGAAUGAGACCACUCCUGAUGGCAGUGUGGUAAGCCAGCCCAAAACCUCUCCCCAGACCAAAGAGCACACCGGGCCGAGUGUCAAGGCAGGUCCCAAAGGUCCAGGUCACCACCCGGUCAGAGCUGCAUCCAUGCCCCAACCACCUAUGCCCUCUCACCUGAACCCGCACGCGCAGAGAGCUCUGUCCUUGGCGGGCACCGCUGACACUCUGCCUCAGGUGCAGAAUGAGUUCAGGAUUCACAUCAUCACCUGGAAUGUGGGUUCCGCCACGCCACCUGAUGACAUCACCACUCUGCUUGGACUGAACGUGGGAGACGGAAAAACAGACAUGUACAUCAUAGGGCUGCAGGAGGUGAACUCCAUGAUUAACAAAAGGCUGAAAGACGUCCUCUUCACAGAUCAGUGGAGCGAGGUCUGCAUGGAGAGACUGGGCCCCUUUGGUUAUGUGCUGGUAACAUCCCAGCGAAUGCAGGGCCUGAUACUGCUGGUCUUUGCGAAAUACUUCCAUCUGCCUUUCCUCCGUGGAGUCCAGACAGAGACCACCCGCACAGGACUGGGGGGUUAUUGGGGGAAUAAAGGCGGCAUUAGCGCCCGAAUGACCGUGUUUGGCCACAGCAUCUGCUUCCUUAAUUGCCACCUUCCUGCUCACAUGGAAAACCAAGAAGAGCGUAUAGAGGACUUCGAGAGCAUCUUGCAGCAACAGCAGUUUGACAGCCAGGGGGCCACUGGUGUUCUGGAUCAUGAUCUUGUGUUCUGGUUUGGGGAUCUUAAUUUCCGCAUUGGAAAUCUGGAUAUCCAAGCUGUGAAAUCAGCGAUCGAGAACAACAGAUACUCCAUAUUGUGGGAGAGGGAUCAGCUAAACAUGACCAAAGACAAAGAGCCACUGCUGGAGGGAUUCCAGGAGGGGCCGCUGAGAUUUCCUCCCACCUACAAGUUUGACGUUGGAACAAACACAUAUGAUACAAGUGGGAAGAAGCGUAAACCAGCUUGGACCGACCGCAUCUUGUGGCGCCUGAGGGCCACGGCACCAGCUGCUCAGAAAGAAGGGAGGCGAGUUUCGAUGACAGGGUUGACCAGCGGGAUCAGAGUGACGCAGCACUGUUACCGGAGCCACAUGGAGUACUUAGUCAGCGACCACAAGCCGGUUUCGUCGAUCUUUACCCUGGAGUUUCCAUACAGGGUGGACAUUCCUCUGGUCAAUCUCUCAGUGGAGGAUGAGUGGAAGAAUGUAGAAGAUGCAAAGGUGACAUUCAAGCUGAUGCCCAACUACUCUCGAAGCUCUUGGGACUGGAUUGGAUUGUACAAGGUGGGUUUCAAGCACUUUAAAGAUUAUGUGGGAUACAUGUGGGCUCGGCAUGACGAGGCAAAUUUUUACUGCCAGGAACAUCAGAUAAACUUUACAGAGGAGGAAUUACCCAAAAUCUCAGGGGAUUUUAUCUUGGGAUACUAUAGCAACAACAUGAGCACCAUUGUGGGUAUAACAGAGCCAUUUCAGAUCCAGCUCCCCACUGUGGACGAUACAGACAGCUCUUCAGACAGCUCUGACUUCAGCUCAGACAAUGACAGCACUGUUGUCAUGAAGUUGUUGUACCGCAGUCCAAGUUUUCUACGCAAACGCCGCAGCAGCAGUCUCAGCCGCAGCCGCAGUCUCAGCCACAGCCGCAGGGAAAGCCAAAGCCGCAGCCGCACCCCUAGCGGCAGUCGUUCUGGGAAUAUUGAUGGCAGCCGCCCUGCCAGACCCCCUGGCAGCCCCCCUGGCAGCCAACCUGGCAGCCAACCUGGCAGCCAACCUGGCAGCCCCCCUGGCAGCCAACCUGGCAGCCCCCCUGGCAGCCAAACUGGCAGCCAACCUGGCAGCCAAUCUGGCAGCCGUCCAGGCAGUCCCCCUGGCAGCCCCCCUAUCAGCCGCCUCAGCGCCCUUACAGAGGUAAGGAUGAGGGAGCUCAGUGUCACUGAUAACACCGCUGCAGCCAGCAAGCAAACGGAACAUCCAGCAGAGAGCAGCCCCAGUCAGCCUUCUGGUCCCGGGGCAACAGACAAAAACAAGGAGUGUUCAGGAAUGUGAUGCAACAAAAGCCCAGCUGUUUUUACAGGUUAUGUAACCAACUGUUGUGUCUUUAUUUCAUACAGUCACUGCUCUGUAUGUUUUCUGUGAGGAAAAUAUACAGUUUAUAAUGCCAUCCUUUUCAGAAAUAGUCAUCUGGUUGGUUAAAAUGUUUCUUCUUGCCAUUGAGUUGUGUGCUUGACAUAUUGUUGUUUUUUUUGUGUGUUUUUUUUUGUAUAUCUUUCACUCUGUCUGGUGUUUUCUCUACCUUUGUCCGUUCUCAGGUGUGGACAGUACAGGGAACUGACUGACAACUUGCAUUUAGAUUUUCUCACAGAUUCACAGUUAUAAAGUGACGCACACUCCAUCAUCACUUUUCACAACAAUAGUUGAUCUGCUGUGUCGUUGGGUCAAAAUAAUUCAAAUCAGCAACAGAAAUAGAUAAAAAGUCAUUUAAUUAUUAUGUAAUAAUUUGACGUUGAGUCCUGAAGCAAAUCUUAACUUGUUGGCAGUGCAUUAUAAAAGUAUUUGUACUCCCUGAACUUUUACACAUUUUAUCACAUUAUUUAUUUUAUGUUAUUUUUACAAAUAACGUUUUUUAUUACCAUUCCCCAAUACUUUAUUUUUCACAAACCAUUUUUCCAUGUAACUACACCUGCAACAGUAGUGGUGGAAUUUUUUUUUAUAGUUUCUGUUGAUAGCCGGGGAAAUGAUCCAAAUAUGAAUCUUAUAUCACACCGCGUUAUGAAAUGAUUUCUGAGUCGGGUUUAAGAUUGUAAUUCCUGCUUCUGGCUGGUUGCAUCAACUAUACGUCAUCGCUGCAUCACUCCAUUGACCUGUGAACCUGGCUUGUCCCUAUGCAAGUCGGUUAAUACAAGUCUGUGACUGCCUCACUUGCCUCAUCACAUCUGUCUUUUAACAAAACUGGAGGUUUAGGCGAUGCCUUAAUCUUAAUCCAGCGUGGCUUGAAAUGCUGGAAGGUGAGCCUCUGCCUCAGUUUCAAGUUGGAACUUGGUUCUAAUUUUACCAAACUUUUGACACGUUUUCUGUGUUCCAGACAUUAAUUUUGGCAAACUAGCUAUGUCUUUGGUCUUCUUUCAAUAAUGUAUUUAUUUAUUUAUUUUCUUACUGCUUUUUGACUUGGUCCAGAUAUGUGGAGUCCACUUCUAAUAGUUUUUCUGUCAACAGAUUUGCCCAUCUGAACGGUGGAUCUCUGUAGCUCGUCCACCGUUACCAUAGGCCUCUUGGCUGCAUCUCUGAUUAAUGUCCUCCAUAUCAGAUCUGUUUCUCGGUGGAUUGCUUCAACUUGGUUGAAGUACACUUUUGCUAUUCUUUGUUGUACAUGUUUUAAACAGUACUUUUUGAAAUUACCAAAACUUCACCAUAACCUUAUCUCUGACCUGUCUAUGAUGUUCAGGUCUUUAUGAUGUUCCAUCAACUUUCUCUAGUGAACCUCUGAGGCUAUAAUUUCCCUCCCAGCUUCUCUUUGUGUAUCAUGAAAGGUCCCAAUAAAAUUCCUUAAAUUUGUGUUUAAAACUAAAUGUGGAAUAGUUAAAGGGAUAUCAAUACUUUUGCAAGACUGUAAUCUCAUUGCCAGCGUACAUCUUCCAAAGUACCACUGUCUGAAAGCUGCUAAAACUGCAUGACCUGGCUUGCUAAAAUGGUAAAAUAUUCAACAAAGACAUUUGAUAUGGUUCCUCUGAGACCUGAGCUUUAUUGCUCUUGAUUGCUUCCUGCAUCAAGAGCAGCACAUCAGAUCCCUGAGGAUUCUGUGCACUACUCUGAAGAUUGACCGUUUUUUAACAGUUUUCUACACACACCCACAAAAUCACACAAUCCUCAACACGCAUUAAAGCAUUUUUGAAACUUGUUACCCCCUUUGAUUAAAAAUCAAUUGUGUCCGGCCUCAUGCUUAUGAAAUCACAAUUCAACGUCCAACAUGUUAAAAGUUCAACGUGACAUCCUAUUGACUAGUGUCACUUAUUUUUGCAUAGAGAAACACACAAUUUCUAUCACACUUGCCUUGUGGUCCAUACUUUGACUUGUCAGUCAUAAAAUAUGCAGGGAGCACUUCAAAUGAUUCUUUUAGAAGAGAUGCAUUCUUCCUGGAUGCAUUAAAAUCAGAGAAAGUAGAUAGUAGGCAGUGAUUCAGGAAGCUCUCAGACGCACAGCACAUUCAAGUCUAAAGAGUAAGAGCGUGAGCGCCCUUAAAUAGAUCGCUGUACAGUCAAUAGCAGGAUGCUGCCGGUGUUUACCGAGGUGUUGGGUGUCACAGCAUACUAACUGAUUGAGUAACGACUGAACAGGCCUGAACUACAGAGGUGAAAACUGCAGCAAUAUCUGAGCUGAUCCAGUGUGUCGCAUUUAUGCACACCACACACACACACACACACACACACACACACCCCUGAACGUCAUAGAAUUUGUUUAAAAGCUUUUUUACGAUAACAAAAUAGCAUUGUUUUAUUUGGAUUUUAAGUCUAUCUUAAAAUAAGAAAUAUUUAAAUAAUGUUUUUGCUCAAACUCUGAAGCUCAAUCUGGAAUAAUUUUAUGAAAGUGGGCAGGAAAUUUGCUGGAUUGACCUGCCAGAGAGAUUCUUAUGUACCUUUAAGUCCCAUCUAGCAAAGAUAAAAUGCUUUUCUGUAGAUUAAUAUGACAGUGGGAGUACAGUAGAGUAAAUAAACUUUCUUUACUGAAUGUUUUAAUUUUUGAAAAUAUGAAAACUUUUUGAAUAUAUAUAGUUAAAGCUUUUUUCUUUCUUGCACAGAUCUUUCCCCCUUUGAUCCUAUUAAUAAGAUGAUGACAACCAUAGUCUCAGUCGUGGUGUUUUAUAGUUACUGUGUGAUCUCUGAUGCACCGUUUUAGACGUGUAACUUUGGGGCUGUUAGAGUAGGUUUGUGCCGUGGCCGUAAUUUGUGUGUAUGUCUGUAGUUAGUUGUUUGUGUAUGUGUUUUUCUGAAAGUGUGCGAGUGUGGACUUUGGAUGACGGAUGUGUGUGUGUAUGAGUUACAGGGGCCGUGAAUGGGACUGGGGCGAUACUUGCAUGGUUUGCUGCUGGACAUACUGUACAUUCCGGUACUGUUGUUUUGUGCCGUAAAGUGCUGUUUUUGACUCCUCUUUGUCAUAUCUGUGACUGUGAAAAUUCUUAGAAAAACGUGGUAAAGACAGUAUGAAUUUUUGACAUCGAUAUUAAAUGUUAGUGCAAGAAAAAAUAUGGGUAAUUGUCCUCUGAUAAAUUUGAGAUUAAAUUAAUCUUUUCAUGUAUUUUCCUGGUUUUUGAAAGGGAUUAAAAGAGCAACCUACUGGACGUUUCUUUGACAUGAAAAUUAAUUGUCCAGGUUUAGAUCAUUUAGAUGCAUUCAUGAAUGGUGACUAUUGUGAAAUCUUUGCUGAAUGUUCCUGUUUUGUAAUUGUGUAGGUUAAAUACAGAAAAUAUGAAGUAUGUUGAGAAAAAUUAAACAUAUAUAAAUAUAUAUAUAUACAUGAGAGACAAUCUAUACCAUAAAGAUUAUUUUACUUAAAUUAUGUAUUUAUUUUCUUAUUUAACUUAAAUUCUGCUGGCCAGUUACAGAGCUUUAUUUCAGGACAAAUGUCCAAAUUAUAUCAGAGAUAAUUUAUUUUAUUUUUACUAUAGAGAUGAUUUCUUUCCAUUUUAGUCAAUUAAAACUCUUCUGUCAUAAGUGUAGAUGGUUUUGUCUACGUGUGUUUAAAUUAUUGUUAUUGAAUGAUGACAAAAUUCUUAAAACCUGGACUGCUGAUCUAUAAAAAUGUUUAAAUUUUGCGGUCAAAGCAUUUCGGAGGUUGUUAAUGAAUUUGUUGCUUUGUUCUCCAAUUACAAAUCUAGUACAACACAAUCCAAAGGAAUAAAUGAUGAUCUUUUAAAUUAUACUUUUUGUCUUUAUUGCUUCUUUCUACAGUUGCUCAGUAUUUAUGCCCCUUGAGCUUUUUUUAAUUAAUAAAUUAUUUUACAAUUUUAUAAGUUACCGAUGAAACCAGGCAAGUGUAAUAGAAAACCUGAAGGAGGUUCCUCUUCCUGUAAGACCUUGAAUAUUAAUAAAUACAGACAAUGUGUCAAAUCUGAA